AUGAUGCGGCAUAUCAUAAACGGGAUUGAAAAAGACCUUAGAAAACCGAUGCCGGCCAUCCGUGACGAAGUUCAUGCCAUCGAGCUGUUUAAGAUUGGGUACAACACACUGGAGUUAAAGCCAAGCAAACGAAAACGGAGAAAUGCCCAAAUCAAGCUCACCACAGAACUAAGACUCAUCAGGGAAGGCGGCCAGGAGCAGAGAAGUCCGGAUGACAUAUGUGGGCGGCCACUUAGGCGCCGGAAGCGGCGCACGCGUCACAGCAAUAGUACCUGUGCUACAGGGAACUCGUCAGUGCGUGAUGAAGAGUAA